CACUUACUCACUCACUCACUGGCUCUCUUGCCUUGUGGUCUCUCUCUCUUUCCGUCUGCGCGUCGAUAUCCAUGCAGUCACACACACACACACAGUCUUGGCCAAUCAAUCUCUGCACAGCCGGCACACAGACAGUCACAUGUGCACGUUUGUUUCGUAGGAAGGUGUGUGUGUCAUGCAUGGUUAGGCUGCUUGCCUUCGGUCAGUUAGUUGCUUGUGCUGGUGCUGUUGGCGGCGCUUUGCUGCUCGGCCACCCAGCGAUCCAAUAGGGACACAAGAUCUGACCACAAACAAUCAGACACAGACGAACGACAUGCCCACACGCAAUUCUUUUUCCCCACGGACGCACUCACUCACUCACCUGGUCUCUCUUGCUGCAUGUAGAUGCGGAGUGCGGCGCGUGUGACGCUGCCGUGUCGCGUCAUGACCAUCGCGUUGAUGUCGGGGUUGGCUGUCACACUGAAGGCCGCUGCGCCGCCCGAACUCUGAUCAACCACACACACAGAAGUGGCUGCGUGUUUCCCUGUCACUGUGUCUCUCGUGAGUGAAGUGCCGACUUUGAGGAUGUUGACGAUGCAUGACGAGUAGCGACUCGAUGCCGCAGCUGGGUUUCGGUCAGCCGCCUUGUGCAUGCCCACGAUCUUGACACCAGACACACCAUCCACCACCACCUCACCUGAGCACGACACGACACGACACGACACGACACACAGGUGUGCAGCUCCCUCUUAUCUGUCUGUCCAUCUGCCUGUUUGUGUGUCCUGACCAGGUCUCGUAUUGCUGGAAGUCAGAUCCACAAUGCACUUGCCGCGGCCCAUCACACGCACCUGCAGCAUGGACACACAUACACACACACACACAGACAGGCAACAGAGUGAGAGUCUGUGCCUUGUCAGUCUCGGUGCUGGCUGUUGUGCUCUGACUGACCAGUUCUCCAUCGAGUAUCAAGGGGGCCGUGUUGCCAUUGUUGGCCGCCGAGCAGAUGACCAGAUCCAUCGACGGCAACACCUUCAUCAGCAUCGCACGCUGCGCAUCGAAAUGGCCGCCGUCGCCUGACGUCGAUGUGGCAGAGUGGUGGGGGUCGAUGUACCGCACACCGCGAGACUCCAGGCGGGCUUUGGCAUCAGCUCCGGUGUCAGUGUCAGUGGCAAACACACAAGCACCCAGAACUGAUAUACACACACAACACAUGACGCAUAUUCAUCCAGAGAGAGGCCAGCCACCUCAUUUCUGUGUGUGUCUGUCUGACCGUGUUUGGCUGUCGUGAUGGCCUGGCGAGCUGCGACGUCUGAUCCGAUCACGAGCACCUUGGGCGAGUUGAAGGAUGAAGUGCCAGUCAGCGUGCCGAGAGCAUGGAUGCCAUCGAUCACGGCCUGAGUGAUGGUCACGAGAAAGGAGAGAGGAAACAGUAGUGCACUUGUUUAUGUGUGUGUGGCUGUGUUGUCUUGUGUCAAAGGGAAAAAGGUCCGCUACUUACUUGAUGGCCGUCGAGCGAGGAAAGGGCAGAUUGGACGUCCAUGCUUUGCGUGGCUCUCGUGUGGGGGAGCUCGCCGACAGCCACUGCGGUCACGUGCUUGCUGCCGAGAUCCAGCAGAAGGUGCUUGUUGCCAGACGCUGUCAUGUUGCACACCAACACCUGCACCAUCGUGCGCAAAGGGAUCAAAAAGCUGGUGGUGUGGUGGUGUGUUGUGGUAUGUGUUCACCUUGUCUCUGUCGUUGGAUGAGGAGCACAUCUGCUGAGCCUCCAUUGCCGUCGGCUUGCCCACCUGCACCAUCAGUGAAUGAAUGGAUGGAUGGAUGGAUGGCAGAUAAAUGCGUUGCUGUGUGUGUGUGCCGUACCUUGACGAUGAUGUCUGCCUGUUGGAUCGUGUGCUGCUUGGACGCCACUUGGGCGCCCCAGAGCAUGUAGUCGCUGUCGCUGAAGCCUGCCGACUCCCCCGCACCCGUCUCGAGGACGACCUCGAACCCCAUCCGACGCAUCUGAGGGACGGACUUGGGAACUGCACGCACACACCAACACACAGCAUGCACACAUUGACGCACGACAUAUCCUUCCCCUCCCCUCGUUCCUUCUUUCUGUUUGUCUGUCAGGCGUGCUUGCAUACCGAUGGCCACCAUCUUGGUCGCGGACUCCUUGAUGACGCCCACCUUCAUGCGUGGCGCCGGCAUGAUGGUCUGCUGCACCUGCUGCUCACGCUCCUCCUGCUGCUCCCGCUCACGGACGAGUGUUGCGGCCCAGUCGACCUGCGCGCCGGGUCGACGGCGGGCGGGCGGCAGGGGCGGGUACAUGUAGCUGUCAUCUUCGUCACUCGUCAACUCAAUCGGCGGAUACUGCAUCACACACACACACAUGCAGAGAGGGGCAGAGUGAGUGAGUUAGGAGCAGUGGCCUGUCUGUCUGUCUGUCUGUCUGUCUGUUUGCACGGCUUACGUCGUCUGUGUCUGUGUUGUGGUCUCGUGUGGGUGUGUCAUGGUUGCUCAACGACUGCUGCGGUGUGUCAUUGUGACGCGAAGACGAGGGCGCAGCAGACUCAAAAGGCGCUGCACGCGCCAAGCAGAAGCGACACAAACAAACAAACAAACAACACAAAUGGGUCAUGUUCGGGUGUGAGUGAGUGAGUGUCGGCCUCCCUCUUGGUGCUUACGGGCAGCGACUUUGCAGACGAAGGUUCUGACGAAGUCCUCGGUGUCUGCGUCAGGCACCUCCACGUUGUAGGGCGUGUCUGCAUCGGGCGGGUCCGUCAAUCCCAUCUGCCGAGCCGCCGCACGGUCCCACUGCAGGAUGAGGGACCGACGCCCGCCGGUGCCGCCGGCGCUGUCAGCCAU